UGAUGAAGAUGUCUGGGAGUCUCACUAGUUGCUGUGUAGUUCUGUUCUUUGCCCUGACUUAUGUGUCGGCUGUACAAAGACUUGAUUCGCUAAAUGAUUUGAAGAAAAUCAACUUUGGUCAAUCUGUGCACAAACACAGUCUUAUGCUGCUCCACUGGUUUGCCAACACAGUUGACAUAGACAACAAUAAUAUCGUAUGGCUGACCUUUGAUGCAAACUGUGGAGAUUAUGGCUCACACCAUUAUGGCAACUUUGAGGGGCUGCUGGACCCACUGCCUUCGGGAAGUGGAUAUCGGUACUACACUAUUGGCAAUCUCAAUCAAGAAACAUCCAUGCCAUUUCCACUUUAUGUUGUCCUUCCCCCUAGGGAGUAUGUGGGAAGAAACAGGGACAGGAUCAUAAUUCGUGUCAGGGAGCAGUACAAAGGAUGGCAAGCUUUGCAGAGGAUAGACCAAGUGUAUAUCACACAGCAUUAUGACACUUCUGAACAUCAGGGGACACCUUAUGAUCCAGCUUAUACCUUCAGAAUCACUACUAACCUCCUGCGACAGAUCAGAGAGUUUUCUGUGGGAGAAAACCAACAGCAACUGUUGGAACUCAGAAACCGCUUUGGAAGCAACGCUGAUGAUGUCCACAUCAGAAACACAUGGGGUGACCUUGCUUGCCUUGGACUGCUGUUGUUUAUUGUGAUCCAGGAAAAGUGCUCCUCUAACCAACACAACAGACGUGAAAACAGAAGAAAUCAUUUGGUUAAUGAUGCUUGGGAGAGUGAGAACAACAUUCCUAAUUUUCAAAACCAAGGUGAGUUUGUAGUGGAUUUCAACAAUGAUGAGGACCACAGAGCCAACAGGACAACUGUGAAUGGAGAAUCAGGAAGUGACAACACCUCAGCAUCCCGUUCUGUUGUAUUUGUGUUAUCACCUUCAUAGGAUUAAUUGUAUUGUGUCCUUUAUUAUUUUUUUUUAUUCACCCAGAGUCAAAUAAAUAAAAAGGGCAAAUAAAGUGGGAAGAGUGCAAAUAAAAAAGUCUGAGAUAACAAUAAGGUGCAAAUAAGGCAAAAUCAGGUAAACAGUAUAGAUUAUAAAUUAUAAACAGGUUAAAGGUUGUGAUCAGUUUAGGUGGGGCUGCAAAUAGAUAUGUAUGUACAGUACUGUAUCAAAUCUGUAGUACAUGUAGUAUAAGAGUACACAGUUAGAGAAAGGCUGCCCUUAUUGUUCCAUUAUGUCCCAUGAGUCAGUUGUAAGGAGUUAAGUUGUAUGAUAAAAAAAAAUCUGAUGUAGUCCAAGGGACACAGUAAUCAAAAGAGAUAAGAGGCACGAGUGAGAGAGAUUAAAAGACAGAGAGAGAGGUGGUGUUCAGUUAAGACUGAGAUAUAGCCUUACUAUGACGUGCUUUUGAUGAAAGGCAAAAUACUUUAAAUCACAGAUCUCAAACCAUGUGCCAUAAUGGGCUGAUAUCCUUUAGGACAUUGGGAGCUUCAUAGCUUCAUUUACUAAAUUGCAGUUUGUUGAUAACAGCAGGAAUUCUUCUUUAUUACAAAACUAUUUGAACUGAACAAAAUGGCUUUUAUUGUAUAUUUUAAUGCACUGCUCUGGCAUGGUCAUAAAGUUAAGGCUUCAUUCAUGCAACAAUGUCUUGCUUAGACAUGUAUAUACAUAAUAAUAAUGACUCACUUUCACCCUGU